AUGCAGCUCAAGACUCUCACUCUAGUAGCCGCCUCUCUGGCUGUGGCCUCGGCCAACUACAACGGCACCUGGGGCGACGAGACCAAGGCCCCCGUCCUCGAGUCCACCACAGCGCCGGUCGAAAAGACCACUACCACCUCUGACAAGCCUGCGUGGACCAAGCCUGUGGAUGGCGGAGAGACCGAUGUCGCUGACACCACCGCUGCGAGCUCCUCUACUGUCGCAUACUGGGGCGAUGAGUCUUCGCUGCCUGUCGAGGGUGGCAAGACCUCGACCACUACUCCUGUCGCUAUCACCAGCACCACUUCUGACAAGCCUACAUGGACCAAGCCCGUGGAGGGCGGCGAGACCGAUGUAGCGGAUAGCACCGCUUCUUCCACCACCACUGUCGCAUACUGGGGCGACGAGUCUUCCCUGCCUGUUGAGGGCGGUGAGACCUCGACCACGACCCCUGCUGCCAGCACUAUCACUUCCACCUGGGGUGAUUUCUCCAUCCCGGUCACCGAGACCGAGAGCACCACUGUUGAGGAGGUUGUCUCCACCAUCACUAAGCCCGAUGGCGGCAUCCAGACCACCACCAUCCAGUCCACCAAGACUCUCACCAAGACCAUCUACCUUACUCCCACUGGUGGUGCUGCCCCCCCUGCGUCCACUCCCGUCUCUGGCGGUGAGGGCGCUCCUCCCGCCGGUGGUCCUCCUGCGGGUGGCCAGUGCGGUGUUGUCACCCAGACUGUCACUCAAACCCAGACCGUCACUGUUCCCGCUGGUGGCUCCAAGCCCACCGGCCCUCCUGCUCCUCCUCCGGCCCCAACCACCCCGUCCGUUGAGACUGCCACCCCUGCGAAGGUCUGGCAAGACCAGCCUACCGGCUUCCAGACCUCUGCCGCUCCCGCACCAUCCGCUCCUGCCCAGGGCGGCUACAUGGGUAUCGUCGCCGAGUGGCGCUCCAAGAUGGGUCUGCCCGCUCUCGAGCUCGACACGAAGCUCCAGAACAACGCCCAGGAUGCUGCCAACUCAUCCGGCGGCCAGCUGAAGCACAAGCUCAACUCUGGUUCCAUGGCCCAGGUCCUCGCCCCUGGCUCCAUGGAUGAGUUUGAGAAGAUCUUCGUCGGUGGCUGGCUAUGCGAGCUGCCCAACACCCCCGGCCUCGGCUCCAGCGUUUGCAACGAGAUGAGCAAGGGCUGGAACUACGCUGGCCAGACUGGCCACGCCGAGAUCCUCACCAGCACCAAGUACACCAAGAUCGGCUGCGCAGCUGGCGAUGGCAUCUGCUCCUGCGACUUGGCUUAA